CGGAGUUUUGUUGGAAUUUAAUGACAUUUUGCACGGAGGAGGGCAUCCUUCUCAUCUAUCGUCGGUGACACGAUCCUAAGGUGAAGGCGACUGCCGACAUAAAGGCUGGCAAGCACUACAGACAACGUGCAGCUUUUAGCCCAAUGCACCAGCUGCGCUGCAGUCCCGCCUUCCUUUUAUAAUGAAGCGACGGUCGGCCAGGCCCUGCCUAGAACUGGGAUCCUCCCACCCCCCCCAGUGAACCAGAGUGCUGGUGUAUAAACGCAGUCCGCAGCGCCUUUCUACUGUCAGAAUCAGACCCGAUCUGUUUUGAAGGGGCUGCCUACCCCAGGCAUGGCUGAAGGUUGCGCUUCAUUAUGGCUCUUCGACAUUAUACGCUCGACUUCAGCCUCACUGCACAAGCUGACAGCAGCGCCACCCUUAAAGAACUGCAGUCGGUCUUUCAAGAACAAGAAAUGACAGAAACGGUUCAUAAUGUUGAGAAAAAUAACUGUCUUGUGACUUACUAUGGCAAAAAUGGCAGGUUUGCAGUUGUUCGAUUCCAGUCAUGUGGAUUUGUUUCCAUAGAUUUUCAGAGCUGUGAGGGAGAUGAUGAGACUGAAGCUUAUGAUCUGCUUAAUUCACUGGAAGAAAAAAUGAAAGCUCUAUUGCAUAGCAAUAUUAAAAAGAUAAAAAGAUUACCAGCUAUCAUCCGAGGUGGAGCUAUUGAUCGCUACUGGCCCACAGCAGAUGGCAGACUUGUAGAGUAUGACAUAGAUGAAGUUUUGUUUGAUGAUGACUCUCCAUAUCAGAAUAUUAAAAUUCUUCAUUCACAGCAGUUUGGAAACAUUCUUAUCCUCAAUGGGGAUGUUAAUUUAGCAGAAAGUGACUUGCCAUAUACCCAGGCCAUUAUGGGCAGUGGAAAAGAAGAUUAUGCUGGGAAAGAAGUGCUGAUUCUUGGAGGAGGAGAUGGAGGAAUUUUAUAUGAAGUUGUCAAGUUGAAGCCAAAGAUGAUUACCAUGGUGGAAAUUGACCAAAUGGUAAUAGAUGGAUGUCGGAAACACAUGCGCAAAACAUGUGGAGACGUCUUAGACAAUCUCACAGGAGACUGUUACCAGGUUUUAGUUGAAGACUGUGUCCCUGUUUUAAAGAAAUAUGUGAGUGAGGGGAAGACUUUUGAUUAUGUUAUAAAUGACUUGACUGCGGUACCCAUUUCAACAGCUCCAGAGGAAGAUUCAACAUGGGAGUUUUUAAGGCUAAUCCUUGAUCUUUCGAUAAAGGUGCUCAGACCCAGUGGGAAGUACUUUACACAGGGAAACUGUGUAAACCUGACUGAUGCUUUGAAACUAUAUGAGGAGCAACUUGGUCUACUUUCCUGUCCUGUGGAAUUCUCUAAAGAAAUUGUUUGUGUCCCUUCUUACAUGGAAUUAUGGGUAUUCUAUACUGUAUGGAAGAAGUAAAUGCAGACUUGCAUCACAAAAGAAAUGCACACUGCAUGAAAGCCUGCACUCUAAGAAGCAUGAUUUCAAACUGAGCCUUGGACUUAAGAAAUACUGUAGAUAAAAGUGAAAUUUUGUCUUGUGUUUAGGGAGGGUUGCUAUUGUUUCAUUUUGUUUGUUUUUAUAUAUAUUUUUAUUUUAAAUAAUUAAAAAGAAUUAAGAAUGUAUAUUUGAUGAAAAAAGGUUAAUUGUGUGAAUGCCAAUGCCUGAAUUAAAAUUGGCCAUUUAAGGUAAAAGCUACUGAGUACUCAAAACAAAUUUACGAGGCCUUUUAAGUUAUACAUCAUUUUGUAAGAAUUCUGAUUUUAAUGAAACUAUACAAAGGUUUACAUUUACAAUGCAGUGAUUGUUUUUUUUUAUGAGAUAUUCUUAAUUCUACUUCUAACAUCACCUGUUAAAACGUAUGGUGCUUUUAGAGCAUUGGCCACUGAUGUGAUCUCGGGCUUCCAUUUCAGAAUCUACAGGGAUACGUUUGAACAUAGUUAUGCUUUGCACUUGUUUGUAAAGGGAAAUGAUGAAUUUUAUUUUUUGUUUACUUCUCUAUUUGAUUUGAGUUAUUGCUUCCUAUUCUGUUUUCUUUCCCUUUUCCACAAUGACAAGGUCCAUCAAUCAACACUGGGAAUUUAGCAACCUCUGUCAAUGUACUUUGGUUAAUUAUAGUAUGGAUUAACAGUAGGUUAGAAAGGUUUCUGCCAUCUUAUAAAUUUCACAGAUUUAAUUUGUUACCCUGGUCUGUGGCCAUUCAGACAGUUUUCUUGAAUAACAGCUGUUUGUUUUUUUUCUUCCUCUUCUUUAAACAAGCAGUAGAUAUCCUGUACAAACAGAAAAGCAAAUGUCUUAUGCUGGCUUAUCUGUAACCAGCUUUUGCCCAUUUUCACACUCCCCUGCAAGGCACAGAAUUUAUUAAUAAUUAGAACUAAACCGCAUUCACAUUAAUAUCUGCUCUUCUUUCAUUACACCUUAUGUGGUUUUUACUGUUAAUUUCAGAAAUUGAUUCUGGCGUGCAGUAGGCUGAAAACCAACUUGCACAUGUAAAAGCAGCAUAAACACUGUAGUGUACUGUAAAUGAGGAUAUCUGGAAUUUUUUAACAUGUAUAGCUGCAAUUUUUCUGAAUUUGAAUGCAAAUUGCAGAAGUGUUUUGUUUUAAUUAUAUAAAGGGAAUAAAGUGUAGUUACCAUU